CUACAGUACAAUCUUCCCAUGCCAGAGGAACACCAAAUCAAGAGGUUGAGAUAGAGACGGGCUCUGCGCAACAUCGGAUUUCUGUUGCUGAGAGCUGUCCGAGAUGAGCGGAGAAGAUGAGAACCAUAGCGGGCCAGAUGCCCCAGAGCACGACCACUCCAUUAUCACAACACGAUUGAGGGCAUGUGAGGCUUGCAAGACCAGGAAGGUACGAUGUGAUAAAUUAGAUCCCUGCUCAGCAUGCAAAUCCUCGAACAUACCAUGCUGGACCGCACCAAGAACCUCACAACAGAAACGGCAAAGAGCUGUUGCCUCUGCACGACUGGAUGAUCAAUUGUCCAAGAUCAACGAGCAACUUUCUCAAUUGCAAACAUCAGUGGACAUUUUAACCAAACAAAAGUCGGAACUCUCAUCCAGACACAGAUCAGAAAUUCCUUCUCCUAUAUCUAACAGAGAUUUUGGGCCCAGGAAAGCAAACUUGCCAAGUGUAGCAACUCCGAACUCUGUCUCCGGAAAAGCAAGCUUACCUUCCGAUGAGCCACCGUAUCUUGGCGAGUCUUCUUUCGAAGUCCACUCACAUCAAACUGGGCAGAUAUUAGAUAUUGCACUUCAUAACUCUCCAGCCGCCCGACAGGGGCAAGAUGUAACUUCCAGUUUGCAAUCUCUCAGGGCGCUACACAGCGCCAACAUCCCAAACAGUGAUGUCAGCUUCACAUCUGAUCUGCCUAUGCCACCAGUUCAAGUCGCACUAGCAGCACUGAGAUUGAUCGAUGUUUUGCCCCAUGGCUUUCUGUUAUGCUCGCCAUUCGGAGAUGGCAAGGGCUUUCGCCAGACAUGCCAGAAAUAUUAUUUCCCUAUCGACGGCUACUCUGCAUCGGAUUUCAUCAUCACCAAUGGAGGUCUAAUGGGCAUCAUCGGCCUUGCGACUGCCAGCCAGCUUGAGUCGCAUGGCAUAGACCCAGCAGGUGCUGCAGAAGUUGUUGAAAUGUGCUCGAAUAAUGUAUCGGUCACUAUAGAAAAGCUCAGCAUCUUUCUGGAGCCACGCAUGGCCAAUAUUGAGUGUCUUCUAUAUGGUGUCCAAACCGCGAUGGCGGACUCAGAUCACAACAAAGCAUGGUAUCUCAUAUCGUUCGCAGCUCGACUGUGUAUGGAUAGCGGGCUCAAUCGGUUGAGAGAUAAUGCGGAAGACAUCGGCGAGCUCAACAGGAAAAAGAUUUGCUUCUGGUUUACGUACUGCUUUGACAAAGCAUUGUCGCUUAACUUCGGGCGAUCGCCAAACUUCUCAGAUUAUGACAUAUCAGUGGGCUAUCCUCAACUGGCUGCAGACAUUAGCUGUGAUGCGAUCUUCGUCUGGUUCGAUAUUGCCAAGUUACAGGGCAGCAUUUACGAGAAAUUGUACUCUGCGAAAGCCCAGCAAGACGGACCUGAAAUGAAGGCUACCAACGCAAGACACAUUGCAUCAGAAUUCAAUCGCACUCGCGAAAGAUUGCAGGGGAUUUUCAGUAGGAUGUCCGAAGCCGAAAGAGAACCAUUCUUGGACACUGAAAUCACACUCUUGGCGAAUCUGGCGCUCGUCUACCGCGCAUUGCCCUCGCAGAAACCUGCUCAUCCACUCCGCUUCUCAGACGAGUGCAUCGCAGUGGCAAGAGAAACGUUAGAGCUGCACGAGACACUAUGUACAAGAUUGUUCAGCAGAUCGCAACAUCAGAUCAGAAUGUACAUAGACUGGAAUCUCUCCAUCUGCCCUUUCACUCCCUUUAUAGUGAUUCUUGGCACAGCAAUCCUAGACACGAACGCUGCCGACAUGCACCUCCUCGAGAAAGUUGUCGAGUCCCUAGAACGGGCAUCUGUCCUCGCUCCUGGUGCCAAGAAACUUCUUAGCAUCUGCAAGAUUCUUCUCCGAGGCGGCAAAUCCUGUGUCGAGCAAACGCUCAGCAGUGGCCCUCCGCCGGUACCUCAAACCUAUCAACAGCGGCCUCCAACAGCCUCAUACAUGGGAAACGGGAUGCAGUCAGAUGUAAUGAUGCCUGGUGUUAUGGAUACUGAUUGGUCUACAAUGAUGCCAGAAGAUUGGACAUCGCUACAACUGGAUAAUCCGGAUAACAUGUCGAUGUUAUUUGACAAUUAUUUAGCUGGUAACUCGGGAAUGAUGCCGAUCUUCGAGACGGACACGACGAGGUUCGAUACAAUGUAAGAUAUGGGGUUAGGAGGCAGUGGAUGAUCACCGCUUGAAAUAGUAAUCUAGACGAGCUCUCUCCAGAGCAUGACGACCCGUCAAAGAAGCCAAAAACUCAAAAAGUCUCACUGUGGUCAGAUUGAUCUUCAUACUCCUAGCCUAUACUUGUGCGCUUUUCAGUAGGAGCCAUGAGUUCAGCCGUGUCUUCAUCUCUUCGAGGUGUAGUCUGCUGUUCCCGUGCCGUCGGCUUUCUUGGUCUUCGUGGCGAUUCGAUACAUUCGAUAGUCAAAUGGAGGAUGUUGAUGUAGAGUGGUCGGCGAAAAUAAAGCUCCAGCCUUCUUGGAUCCCAGAUUUUCGGGACGGCCAAGUCGAUCUAGCUGCUUGCGGUGGAGUAGUACUUCCUCAACUCAAAUUAUGGCGUGGUUUGGGCGGCACGCUGAGGUCGCCUGGUGGUCAGACCCUGAAAGUUCACAAUUACCCCGCCCUUGAGAUAGACAGCCUGUACAAACCACUGACCUUCUGGUUCACAGUUUGGGGAAGAUCUUCUUGGCAUUAUUGGCAAGCUGCCAAGCUGCCAAGCACCUUCAAUGAGCCUUCAUUGAACUGGACGAAUGACACAUAUCUCAGCUGCUCAUCAAGUGAUGGCCACCUGAGCGUCUACCUGCUGGAGCAAAGUAUUGCCAACUAGUAUUUAGUGGGUGUUAUCGGCCUCUGGGUGGGAAUUACCCGCGGGCAGAUGUACGGAAGUACGAAAGUACUUGAUGAGCAAGACAAGCGAGCGAAAGUUUAUUUCCUCUCCGAGACUGCGCAAAGUCAUCAGCUAUCGCUCUUUCUUGCGGUGAUAUGAACAGUGAAGAUACGGAUAGAUCUCAAUUCGGGAUUAGGCAGCAUGUGAUUGUGGCGCAAUGCACAGAGCCACAGAGCUGGAACUUGCCUCGAUCCAAGACAUUUGACAACCGAGAUCUCUGGACAUGACUUGCAUGAAACUCAAAUUUCUGAUGUUCUCGGGGAUCAAGUUGUUCCGACCGUUGUGACAGGAUGGCGGCUUGGUCUAGAUUCGGAAUGAAACCUAUUGGUCGGAUAUUUCCACGGAAAGACGCAAGGUCUCACCUUCUGGCAUCCAGAUCGCAGUGUUUGGUGGGCCAUCUUUUGGGAAAUGUUUCCGUUUUUCGAUGCACGCCGAAGAGAAUUACACUGGCAGAAUCUACUAAAGUGAAGGAAAUUUUGAGUUUGAAUCCUAAGUGUUAGACGCAACGAUUUCUGUUCGCAUAGCUGUCGAAAGGCAAAUUCUGUGUAUCAAGUUGCGAAAUGAUUGACAUCCAACACCUACAGUGAAGCGUUCCAAUGAGCUUAGGGCCAAAAAUACAUGAAAGUAAAAGACAUGGACAGAUCUGUGUUGACAAAGACGGACCUAGAUGACAUUGGCACCGUGAAGAAUCUUCACGUACCAAACGCUCAGAUGUACAGCGCUUAGAUGUACGGACAAGAAGAAGCCUCCGUCCCGGCUGUUCUUAGGAGUACAUCGCUGCGGGGUCGUACCCAACCAUCGUCUUGCUAUAUUUCCAACCAUUUUAUUUGUGGCUUGGAUCUCAGGUACCGGAGAAAGCCAGCACGUUGGUACUCCGUAUACCGGCACGAAGAAGGUCCAUGCCCUAUGCCAAGGUUUCUGGAAUAUCAUAGCCCACCUCGUCGAUCUCCCGCUGUCAUCGCAUGUGGUAUAAGGUCCAAGCUUAGCCCUAUGAUCCGGUGUGCCCUAGUUCCGGUCGUUUUUCGCCGAGUAACCAGUGCCUGCUUCGGUCAGACGCACCAAUGAUAUGCUCUAAGAGACAGUAUUCUUCUUGAGAACUGCUCGCAGAGAGUGGUCUAAAGCACGGUAUGUGGGUGCCGAUUUCAGGCCCGGUGUGUGGGCGUCGAUACUAUGCCAUAAUAAGGAAUUCAAUUCGACGAUCAGCAGAUGACCAUGGGUCACCACGUUUUCUCCCUGCUGCCUCGAGCCAAGCUUCAUGAACCAAACAGGUGUCACCAAGAAAGAACAACAGGAGGGAGAUCCAUAGAUGUUUAGCGGAGUUUCAUUGUCUUCUUCAAACUCCAUUGUCAGAAGAAGGGCAAGUGAUGAAUUUUUGAAGCUUUUCAGUGACGUACCUCGGGAGGUUUUUAUUGAUUCGCAAGUAACCCUGAAUAGAGGGUCAAGUCCCGAGACAUUUGUAGAAAAUUUGAGACACGGCUCGCAGGACUCUUCCUCCUGUGCCGGUAGAUCUUCAUGUUGAUCAUCUUCAAC